AUGGUCGAGCAAUUCCAGUUUCGCGAAAACGAACCAGCCUUCAUUACAUUAGAAGAUUUCCCAACUGACAGAGCUUAUCCCGCGAGUUGGUUACUUGAGGAUGAUAACAAAUUAUCAGUGUUCGAGUAUUCUACAGAUCUUUUUGCACGAAAUUCAUUGGAAAAUUUUGAAAAGCGGACUGAAUUUCUGGAAAUUACUGAUUUGAAGUCAAAUGCUAGCAGUGUGAAGAGUGUGAAAGAAGGUAAACGAGGUGCAAAUGGCCGUGAUUAUUGUACUUAUAUUUGUAAACAUAGUUAG